AAUGGCCGCAUCGGUUCCUUCGCGAACUGGAAGAUUGGGGGUUUCCUAGAGGAAAAAUCGAAUUUUUCAAUGGAAAAUCUCGAAUGAGUUUUCCGAUUGGAUGGUGGAGAAAAGUUUGUGAUGUGUGACGAUUGAAUCAAGUGUUGAGAGUUUGAAUUUGGUUUGUUUUGGAAAAGCCUGUGCAAGUGCAAGGACGGUGAAGAUUGUCUAAAAUUUAAGAAGAAUCAUCUUGAUCCUUGGGUGCAAAACAGGGAAAAAAAAAUUGUCUCGACUUUGAUUGAAAGAGUGAGCAAAAGACGAAAAUUAUUGCAGUUUUUUGUGGUUCAAAAAGAAAAAAAAAGAGCUCGUCUGAUAAAAUCAGCAGAACAGUGCGGGAUCAAGAGUGCGAGGAUUCAAUUUUUUUGAUGGUUCAGAUGAAGAGAUAAGAAACAAAAAAAAAGGAAGCAAAAAAGCGAGAAUCCACUUUUCAAGGAUUAAGUGAAAAAUCCCUCCAAGAGCUUGCUGCCGUAAGGGGGAAAAGAAAUUUUGUUUACAGCUUCGACUUCCGAGAGAAUGUGAAAGAAGUGUGAAAACAACUUUAUUUCGGAUCUUUCUGGCGAAGGAUUUCCGAGUUUCGGUGGAGUUAGGAUUUUAGGAAGUGAAAUUUGUGUUGUUGAUUUGCCGCCCCGUGUUGGCAGAGCAGUGAGACAAAAUUAAUAAGGAAUUUCCAUUGGGACGGACGUCUGGCGGUCGUUUUAUUCUUGAAAGUUAAUCCAUCCAAAUGCGCCUCCACCCUCUUAAGGCGAUCGCUCGGAAUCGCGAGGCUGCGACCUAGGCUAGACCGGACUGCUGACCGGGGACCAGUAACCGAAAGGUAAUAACAUCUUUACAUGUUAGCAUUACAACAAAUUAGAAGUCAUUUAUUGAUCGACUCGUACGAGCCAGCCCCCUCAGGAUACGUUCGUCCUUGCUCUCACGGCAGCGAGUGUGAGAGAGCAGCUCUGAACCGCACGGAGCGAAACGGCAAGGACAUACACGACACACUGGCGAAGCUCACCGCCGGAGAAGAGCUGGCAGGUUUGAGCUGCAUUCGAAGUUCUGAUCCUCGUCAGUCGGUUGCCAUCAGAGUUCUGAACCGGUCGCGCCGCUACGAGCGAACCCCGAACGGGUGAAGAUAAUAAAAUAAAAGUGAGAAUUAGUCCUAGUUAUAAUCGUUAUUGAGUUAUACAGCACCAACAGCAACAACCGGAGAAGAGCUGUGUUCGUUCGGGACGAAAGAGGCGAAAAAUUUUCGGGGGGAAGAGCUGUGUUCCCGUUAGUGGGUUGUUGUGUGUACAGUGGAAUCGACGUUUUCGAGUCGAUCCGAGCCAUCGGUGAAAAAGAAGAAUAGGAAGAAGUGGUAGAAGCAAAUAAUUAAAUAUUCCGCCUGUGCUGUGCCGUGUGUCAGAAGAUACCGUGGCGAGAGAAUACGGAGAAACGGGUCGGUCGGAGUGCUCUUCGGGAAGAGUGUGGUGCUUGUGUCUACACAGUUUCUUUCUCUCGAUUCCUAGUGCCACACAGUGGUGUGUCGAUACGGGAGGGGUGCGCGGCAGGGUGAAUAAGUGGAAUGAGUGAGCCUCUAUCUGGUUCCCGGUGUUUCUAGUCUUCUGCUCCCCACGACCUUCCACCGCAACGAGUGUUUCGCUUCAUCAUCACCAACAGCAAGAGAGUAGCGAGCAGACACAAGCAGACGGCCUGAUCUAAAACCUGGAAUUAUUCUACGGGGCCAGGAUUUGUGUUUGAGAGUGUGUGUGUUUGUGUAUUUAGCAGGAACGGAAAGAACCUCUCGGGUUGACCGACGAAGAUCAGAGGAGAGGUGUGGUGCAGAUGCCAGUUUAGAGCGCUGCUAGAAGAAACAGACAUGUGAUAAAUGUGAACGCAGCGGUGUUCAACAACAACGGCCUCGCCUCGCCUGGAAGAGCGAGAGAAAGGAAAGAAGAAUCCGUCGAAUAAGAAAUCUCGAGUGCCGUAAGAAGAAGAAGAAAAAAAAGAUGUGAAAAAUGACGAAAAUCCUCAACGAAACUCGACGAAGAUGUGCUUAGACAGUGUUUCGGGGCGUUUUUGUUCUAGUUUAGGAUAAUUUCCAUCAUUUCGGGGGUGAAAAUCGAUAAUCUUCCACUUCAGGUGGGAACGCAAAAAAAUCGGAAGAAUAAACCAAGCACAAGGGUGCAAAAAAAAAGGUAAUCGCUCCCACUCCCACAUACCCGGACACGCGCGUGUUUGUGUGUGAGCGCGUGUUUCACUAUGUUCGCCGAAGGAACAUUGCACAAGAAAUACAAGAUCUCCUUACCGCUGACCGGCAACGACCGGAGUAGUAGCAGGAUCAGCCGGAGUUCACCAAUCGAUCGACAACAACCAGAAGAUGACAGCAGCAGUAGCCUUAGUAGUAGGAUCAGUGAUAUCGACGACAGCUGUCUACGGUUGCCGAAUUUGGACUGCUCGUGCAACCAGAUCGACGACGACAACAACGACAACAGUUCCGUCAGUAGCAACAGCAGCAGCAGCAGCCGCCGUACCCCCAGUAGUCACCCCAACCCUAGUGCUAGUACCCGCAAAUCCGGCCGGCGGAGACAGCGUCGACCGGACACAGUGAAAAAGGUCCGAGUGAGAACCAGUAGUAGCAGUUGUCGAUCCUGGCGGCGGCCGUCUCACUCCGGAAGCUUCAUCAUCCCGACCCGACGAUACUCCUCCCUAGCGAUAGUGUUAAUUAGUACCGUUCUACUACUACUGUUCCCCUGCUGUGUGACCCCGGUGCUGCUGGAUGCCAACGGGGAGAGCACCGGACGGGCCGGCGAUGGGUUUGGCAAUUUCAAUCUGGAGAAAAGCAUAGCGGCCGUCUUCAGUCGGGUCGCGUAUGGUUCGACGACCACGACCAAACGGAGCAUACCGGACAACGUGUACGUGCCCAGUCUGACGACCGUUUCGACGCCACUGCUGACGACGUUUAGGUACCGGGAAAAGGAGAAGGAUCCGCUGGGUUUGGGCGGCGGAAGUGGGGCCGGUAUCGGUGAGGGAAUCGGCGGCUCCGGAGGAGGAGGUCUUGGUGGACGGGAUCCGCACCAUAACCAGCAGCAGAUCAGUGCCAAUCAUCGGAACUACGAGCUGGAUCUGGAGCGGGACCACGUGCUGCCCACGUCCGCACCGAAUGCGGAAAUUCUGAAGAGCAACAGUAAUCCGACCUACCCGAACCCGAACCGGCACCACGGGCACGACCGGCAUCGGCACUCCAACUCGACACCGUAUCCGCAUGGUCACAACAAGAAGGGCUUCCCCACGAACCCGAUGUUCCCGGGGGACAUCCCGUCGUACUCGCCGCCGUCGCGAACCUUCUUCACGCCACCACUGCCUCGCAACUACACGAACCCGUUCGCCGAUAAGCCGACCCUGCGGGGAACGAACAGCGACAGUACGAUCAUCAACACCGGAAGCUACGUGAACCGACGACCACUGCCCCCGCCCAGCCUGAUGCCCGGCCACGAACGGAUCCCCAUCCGGCCGGAUCUGAAUGGAUCGGUGAAUCCGCAGAAACCGACCCUACCGCAGGAUCCCACCGGUGGUGGUGGCCCAGGCGGUGGUAUAGCUCCGUCGAGCUCGUCGCAAUCGAUCGACGCUCAGCGGAAGAAGGCACUGAAUACACCGUCGGAGAAGAGCAACAAGCUGGAUUCGGCCAAGAGCUACGGGGUGGACAACAAGUUCAUGCUGGACGGCAAUGGGAACUCCAGCGCUAUACUGCCAAAUGGGAUGCACUUCCCGUCGAUUUCCAGGAUACUGAGCGGUUCGAACGGGAGGACGCAGACGAUUCCGGAUGUGCUGCUGCGGUCGGUGACGUCGGCACCGCGGCCGAAUCAACCGACCUUCGACCUGAAUCCACCGGUGACGUCGUUGAGUAAUUCGAAAAGUUUAAAUAAGGGAAACGAUAGGAAUGAUGGUGGGGAUGAAGGGGAAGAUUUCGAUGGAAGUGAGAACAGUGGCGGUAGGGAUGAUCAGGACGACGAGGAUGACGAGGAGGAAGAGGACGACGUGGUUGCGGAGAAGGAAGCGAGUUCCUACUCGACUCAGGCGCAAAGCGUCCAGACCAGUACGGUGAGUUCGUUGGUCCAUCUGUCAUCCUCGUCGUCGCCGAUCACACAGAAGAUGCCGAACUUGAAUCUGAAAUCGGUGAUGAUUAAAGCGAAUGCCAGCGCUGAGGAAGGUCAAUUAGGGAACGGGUUCGGGAACGAUAGGAACUUUGCUACCGACAUCGAAGACAUUAGCACGUGGACGAUCGCGUGGAACAUUCACGUGUAUCUGUCGGCGAUUCUGUUUACGAUUCUGGCCGUGUAUUCCAUAUUUAAGAUCAUCUUUUACGAUAAGCUAACGCACCUCUUCUCGCAAUCGUACUUCAUCAGUAUUCAUUUGAUCUUGAUCAUUAUCUGCUUGUUGCGAAUUUUCUACCUAUGCUAUGACGCUUACAAUAUUCACUUUAGUUUUAACUUGUUUACGUCCGAACUGCUGUUAAAUCUGCCACUUACGUUCCUAACGACGACGUUCGCGAUUCUGAUUCUGUUCCUGCUGCUGCGAUCGAUCAACCACAAGACUAACCGAUACAGUUCAAUUCUCCGUCCGCUGACGAUCAUGAUCGGUUCCGGGGUUCACGUGGGGCUGUGCAUAACGCUGCAUUUGGUCGAGUCUUACGAAACGCAGCAGUUCUAUCACAAGCAAGCCCAGCUGAUGGCCAGUAGCCGCGGUGGACAGACCGGCCAUGGUCCCACCAAUAUCCAGAUUCCACCGAGAGUGCUGUCGUUGAUUUGUCAGAUUAUUUACAUCUUCAUCUGCUUGUCGCUGGGGAUCCUGUAUCUGUACAUGUACCGGUUGUUAAAGCGGAUUCUGCACAAGAGCCAGAACUACAUUCAUGGGUAUAACAACCUGUCGUAUGCCAUUCAUAUCACGAUCGCGACGGCUUUGCUGUUUAUCCUGCUGGCAGCAUUGCAGAUCUACGGUGCCAUCAGUAUUAGCUCACAGACCAAGGUUAAGCUCUCGCCGAACAAUAAUCUGAAUGACAGUUCGGCCAAGAAGACGCUCUGGGCGUCGCACAUCGAGAUCGAUUGGUUCCAGUGGGGCUACCAGUUCAGUUUGAGGUUCAUCGAGAUCGUGAUCAUUGCGUUGCUCUCGUGGGUUACGGGGCUGAAGACGGGAACCUCGAAGGUUAUUCAGAGGGAGAAGGAUAUGGAGCAACCGAAUGCCAGUGGCUUUGCCCUGUUCCCGUGCACGUCUUCGUCGAGCCAGGAAAACUUUGAGACUGACUAUCCGGCGGUUUGUAACGCUAAUACGAACUUGCACACGUAUACUUUGAGGACGGGGAAGCCGAUCUAUGACGAUAACUUUGCGUUGAACUCGCUGAACUUGGAGCAGAAUAGUAAUCAGGAUCUGCAGCUGGGACCGGGAGCGGGUGCAGAUUUUCAACGAUCGCUCGAGACGAAUAGUAUGCGAUCGAGCUCGCACAACUAUAGUAAUAACUACAACGGUAGUCAGCCGGCAGAUCAGCACGAGGAUUUUAUGAACGAUACUGAGCAGAUGCCGGAUCAUUACGAAAACCCGAACUUUGAGUUGAAGCAUCACCACAGAGGGGAGCCGCGGGAUGGACCUCAGUAUCACGACAUCAUGGAUAACUGCUACUCGGAACCGAUCAACGCUCCGUACGAUACGAAGAGCUUGCGGGGUGCGGCGGUUCCUCCGGUUCACAUCCAGCAAGGUCCAAGGAAUUAUGAUUUCCAGAACUUUGAACGUCCGUCGUUUGAUCAAGCGGCUUCGUCGCAGUCAAUUUCCCGGGGAGAGUUCCGGGCGUCGAAGAACCUGAAGACGCUGAAGAGCGGUCAGGCAAACUAUGACGGCGCGAAUACGGUGGGUCAUCACCACUACAACCACUUCAACAACUACAACGAUUCGUUCGAAAGGAGGAUCGGUGUGAGGAAGAGUGGGACGCUGAAUAACAUUGGUGGAAUGCAUUUUAAUCAGCAGGCCGGCGGUAGUGGGCGGAAUAACAAUAAUUCGACCUCGUCGGCUUCGUCUUCGGCUUCGUCCAACAACCGUGGUGCAAUACAACAGCAGCAGCAGCAGCAGCUACAACAGCAACAACUGCAACAGCAACAGCAGCUGCAGCAAGGUCAGGGACGACCUCCUCGAGGGAUUGGUCCGGAGCGACAUAUGAAUGGUGCUCAAACGUUAAGCUCUUCGGGUCGAGCUGUCCCGGAUCAUCACCAUCACCACCACCAUCACCCGCAGGCAGCUCCGAGGAAUCUCCCUGGUGGAGAAUUGGUCCAUCCGGGAAGCUUCAACGAUCGGUUGGUGAAUGGUGUCGCCGUCGGUGCAGACCACCUAUCGUCCCAGGACAAUAUCAACAACUUUGACGAUAAUAGCAGUGCGGCCAGCUACUAUCACAGCAAGAAACGGUCCCGGGAUUCGUCCAGCUCGAGCUACACGGGGUUCAAUAACAACGGAAGCGAUCAUGGUCCUCCGAACCAGGACCCGGGCAGCUCGUCGCCGACCGUGUCCGCAUCGAACGUCCCGGUUAACGGGUUGGGUCCGGGCAGCAGCAGCGGAGGUUCCUCGAGUGGGGUUUUGCCUGGUAAGAUUGUUCCGGCACCGACGGCCGGAGAAGCAGGCGGUGAUAGCUCGACGAUGCUGGUCGCCGAGCAAGGUUUCGUGCGGUUCCGGGCGCUGGAGGAGCCAACGCUCGGCUCGCGAACCAACAUUAGGGAUAAGAACAAGCUAUUUAUUAAUUCUUAGAGUUUAACCGGUCGGCAGCAGCAGCAGCAGCAGCAGCUGUAAUAAAGUGGCAGCGAUUUUUGCAUUUUCACACUUAUGUUCUUUUUCGACUAAACGCAAAACUUAGGAUAUAAAGAAACAAAGGUGAUCACACACACACACACACGCAUGAAACACAUUCGCAGGUCCCUCUCCCUUGCCGGGAGGGGAAGGCCGUGCACGACUUGUAUGAAAGUAUGCAAAUUUUCCCCCUCCAUGGAACACAUUGUCAGCAAAAUAGAAACAAAUGAAAAGUGUCUCGAUGUAAAUAGUUAGCGCGAAAAGAAAAAAAAAAAGGAAACAAUUCAAGUCAAGUGAUCAAUUUAUUGCUAAUUAAAGUAAAUUAAAUGAAAGAAAGCUACGAUUCCUAGCACGUAAGAUAGUUGUGUAUAAAUCCCCACAUUCUUUCGAAAAUCGUCGUCGGCCUACCCUUCGUUGUAAAUUAUUGUUCUUUUCCCAUGUCUCUUUCCUUCUGCUAAACGAAAAAAAAAAUCACUAGUGUAUAUUAAACAAGCAAAGCAAAAGCUCUAUCUCUCACACCUUCUCGUUCGAAAACAUAUUUGCUAUCUCGAAAAAAAGAAAAAGAAAACGCAAAAGUAACAAAAAACAUACAUCCCUUUUUCCCCCUUUUCCAAUUGGUAAAAAAGCGAAACAAAUUGCAACGACUAAAACAGAAGAUGAGUGCAAUUAAUUAACCGAGAGAAAUGUUGCAAUUUGCAAAAGAAAACAGAAUGAAGCUAAGAAUGUAAAACACAAAACAUAAAUGGAACAAGCAACCAAUUGUGAUGAUUUAAUCCGUCGUUUCUCUUUGACACUGACACACACACACACACACACAGAAAAACACUCACAGAUAAGUGCAGCAAGAUCGAUCACACACACGAGUAGGUAGUAGAAGCGGAAGAAGAAGAAGAGGCAGAAGCAGAAAUAGCUGAUCGCCAUUCGUCGUUUAGUCGUGUCGUCGCUGUCGAUGUUGACCCCUAAUCUCUCUCUCGCUAGAGGAGCAAAUGAAAUAGGCAGAACAAGCAAGCGCAAAGAGCUAAGGAAGAUGAUUUCGUGUUAUAGUAUUGUUCUUAUAUGAAUAUAUGUUUUAAAUGGUAAUAUUUUAAACUUGUAUAUUUACAAACAAACGGCAACCCUCAAGCAUUCACGCUCACACAUAAGAAGAAAAAUCCGCUGCUUAAUACCACACCCAUGGCCUCUUGUGAGUUUGUGAUUUUAAACAUUUUUGUUUUAAAGUUAAUCUCUUUUUUUAACAUACGAUCAUUUGUAGCACGGUGGAUUCGAAGUCGGAGAUUUGACGUGACAUUAGGGAGAAAACCAAAUUUCAUCGAAGUGGAUUUUACUUUUUAAACACCCCUAUUCUCAAUUUCGUUUGAAACGCUUUUCCCCCCAAAAUUGUAUGGGAAAUCCGUUUCGAAUGGAAUACAGAAUAGGGGGUGAAAGACUGAUAAAGGAACGGCCUGAAAUCACCUUCAAAAGUCAUUUUUAUCCAACUGAACAUUGUAAUUAUGUUCAACCGAGGACAACAGCUCAAAAAGACUGGCAACUCUGCCGAAAGCAAAUACGCAAAUUUCUAUUGAGGUUGACAUCUUUGCGACCGGGAUACGAGAGGGACAUCACUAUUUGAGAUUGCUAGUGUAUGCAGCAAGGUGGCAAACAACUACCAUCUAAGCUGAGUAGAUAUCAAGAAGAUAGAUGAAGAUUUUCUGCAAUGCAAGUUGAUGUAUUUAGAUGCGAGAAAUGAAAAA